AUGACACACGCUCUCGACCUCGACCAGAUCUACGCCUUUGCCGUUGGUCUCGGCCGGCGCGCCGGCGAGCUGCUGCUCGCCCGCGCCGAACAGCGCAUCAGCGGCACGGCCGAGGCGGUUCUCGAGAAGGACAGCGCGGUGGACAUUGUGACACAGACAGACGAGGAUGUGGAAUCCUUUAUCCGCAACGCCAUCCAAGCCCAAUAUCCCACCCACAAAUUCCUCGGAGAAGAAACAUAUGCCAAAGGCCAGUCGCGCGAUUACCUGAUUGAUGACCAGCCGACGUGGGUGGUAGACCCGUUAGACGGGACCGUCAACUAUACCCAUCUAUUCCCCAUGUUCUGUGUGUCGAUUGGGUUUGUGGUAGAGCAGAAACCGGUGAUCGGGGUGAUCUACUCGCCCUUUCAAGACCAACUGUUCUCCUCGUGCACGGGGCGAGGGGCCUGGCUGAACGAACGCCGCCGUCUGCCUCUGCUGCAGAAACCGAGCAUCCCGCCCAUGCCGGCCCAUGCGCCGAGUCAAUGCGUUUUCGCCUGUGAGUGGGGGAAAGACCGUCGCGACCACCCGGACGGAAACCUGUACCGCAAGAUCGACAGCUUCCUCAACAUGGCUGUCGAGCGGGGCGGGAGAGAGGGAAAGGGAGGCAUGGUGCAUGGGGUGCGCAGUCUGGGCAGUGCAACCUUGGACCUGGCAUAUACUGCUAUGGGAUCGUUUGAUAUCUGGUGGGAGGGGGGGUGUUGGGAGUGGGACGUCUGCGCUGGAAUCGCCAUCCUUCUCGAAGCAGGCGGUCUUGUUACAACCGCCAAUCCGCCAGAGGAUAUCAAUGCGCCCAUUGAAGACUUUAAACUGGGCAGUCGGCUCUACCUGGCCAUCAGACCCGCCGGCCCGUCCUCGACAGAGACAGCAAGGGAAAGCCAGGAGAGAACGGUGCGUGAAGUGUGGCGGCGUGUUCGGAAUUUGACAUAUGAGCGGCCAGGCUGUUAG